AGUUAUCCUGUAAUUGACUAAAGAAGCUGCGUCUUGCAUGACAGCUUCAAGUUACACAUGCUGUCUGGUGCUAUAAAUACCCACGAACUCUUCACUCAACAUUCAUCUCAUCCUUCACUUCAGUGGCUCCAUCCAUCACAAUGACUAAGCUCGUGGCUCUUAGCUUUAUCGUCCUCCUAAGCGUUGGACUAGCCAACGCUACAAGGGUAGCUAGAUAUGCUAGCGCUGGAGGAGGCGGCGGUGGUGGAGGAGGUGGUGGUGGGUCAAACGGUGGUUCUGGCUGGGGAUCUGGCUCUGGCUCAGGGUAUGGCCAGGCAAGUGGUGAUGGAUCGUAUGCUAGUGGAGACGGAGGUGGUGGUGGUGGUGGAGGUGGGCAGAAUGGUGGAUCCGGAUAUGGUUCUGGUUCUGGAUCUGGGUAUGGACAAGCCGGUGGGUAUGGACCUUAUGGUGGAGGAUAUGCUCAAGGAGGGGGUGGUGGCCAAGGUGGCGGCGGCGGGCAGAAUGGUGGAUCUGGAUAUGGUUCUGGCUCUGGAUCUGGAUAUGGUCAAGCCGGGGGAUAUGGGCCAUAUGGUGGUGGUUAUGCUCAAGCUGGUGGCCAAGGUGGUGGCGGUGGUGGUGGACAAAGUGGUCCAGGUGGUAGCGGGUAUGGCAGCGGUUCUGGAAGUGGUUCUGGAAGUGCUUAUGGUGGACACCCAUAGUAGUGUUCCACCAACAUUAGCAGAGCUUCUAUAUUGAAAGCUGGGUUGGACAGAUAUAUUACUGUUAUUUUUACUUGGAUAAUAAGAAAUAAAGGGCUUCACUGAAUGUAAUAAUUAGAGUGGUGUUGUGCACCACAAUGCGGUUGUAAGCUCUUGGUGUAAUUGAAUGUUUGAUCAAUAUGUUAUUCCAAAUGCAUGAUAAUUCACGAUCGAACCACA